AUGUCUAUUAAAGUUCUUGUGUGGAAUGUUCAAGGUGUUGGAAAUAAGCUUUCGGCAAUCCGAGAGAUUGUUCGAAUUAAUAGACCUUCAAUAAUGGCUCUUGUUGAGACUCAUAUGAGUGGUGUAGAUGCGGAUAAAAUUUGUGAAAAAAUCAAUUUCUCGGGACAACUGAGAGUUGAAGCUCAAGGCUUUAGUGGUGGGAUUUGGUUAUUUUGGAAAAGUGAGGAAAUUUCAGUUACUCCAUAUGGAAAUCACUCACAGCAUCUGACUAUCCUUAUCUCCAAGAAUGGAGAGACCCCCUGGCUCUUCUCUGCAAUUUAUGCAAGCCCAAAUAGUGCUCUUAGGAAGGAUCUUUGGCGUGAAUUGGAAAGAAUUAAAGAUUCUUUUAGUGGUCCGUGGAUGAUGGCGGGGGACUUUAAUGAUACUGUGAGUCUAUCGGAGAGGAAUGGGAAUGGCGGGUCUGAGAUGCUUCGACGCUGUAAUGAGUUCUCGAAUUGGAUUGAGAAUAAUCGCUUCAUAGAUAUGGGUUGCUCGGGACCAGAUCAUACUUGGUUUAGAGGCAACUCCCCUGACACUUUUAAGUCAGCUAGACUUGACAGUAGGGGUGGCAAUUCGGGGUUUCCUCCAAUCCCGAUUGCUACUAAGCCCUUUCGAUUUCAAGCUGUGUGGCUCCAUCAUGAUGCCUUUGAGAAUUUUGUGAUUGAGAAUUGGAAAAAUGAUGUACCAAUUGUCCAAUUUUUAGUCGAGUUUGCUGGGAAGUUGAGUGCUUGGAAUCGUGACAUUUUUCAUAAUAUUUUUCGUAAAAAAGAGGAGCUUUUAGCUCGGUUGGCUGGGACACAGCGCGAACUCGCAAAAGGUAAUUAUCCACAUCUCAUUAAGAUGGAUAUCAACCUUCGUAAACAGCUUGAAGAGGUUCUAGAUCAAGAAGAAACUAUUUGGUUUCAAAAAUCAAGAAUGGAUGCUAUAUGUGAUGGGGAUCGAAACACAAAAUAUUUUCACCUUUCUACCAUUAUUAGAAGGCGCUGUAACCGUAUUGAUACACUUCAAAAUGCGGCAGGGGAAUGGAUUACUGAACUGAAUGCAGUAAAAUCUUUAGUGGUUGAUUAUUGGAAGUCCCUUUUUCAAGAGGAGCAGCGAGAAUUUAUUGGGCAUAGGUUACUUCAAGAUGGUUUUCCUUCUAUAGGGGAAUAUGAUUGGAGUGUUCUUACCAGACCCUGUGCGGAAUGUGAAAUCAAGAAAGCUUUAAUGUCGAUGAAAGCCUUUAAGGCUCCGGGUCCGGAUGGCUUCCAACCACUUUUCUACCAAAAGUAUUGGGAAGUUGUUAAACCAAGUGUAACAAGGCUGAUUACCGACAUCUUAGAUGAAAAGGACUUUCCAGAAGGUUUGAAUGUAUGA